CCGCUUCUUAUAAUAGCCCUGCGGCCUACAUGGCGAUUAUGUGAAGAGCAGUCGUGGAAAAAUUCGAAGCCAACAUUUUGAAGUCUACUGCCCUCGUCGCGGCGCAGACAUAGUUUGGCCAGGACUCGGCCGUUGGGCUGUGCUGACUCUCUUUUGCGGUCCCUCCCCUCGCACCUGCCACCAUGCGAUUGUUCCAUUUGUUUGCUUUGGCCGGCUGCUUCGCGCCGGGCCUGUUUGUCUCCUCGGCGGGGAUACCUCACCCCGAGCGCAAUCAGCUAGCGGGCCUGGCAGCGCGAGAGACCGCUCCGACUUCCUCGACGGCCACAGAGACCUUUACGGAUACGACCGGCGCCAGCCGCCCCGAUGCUCUUCCAAUCCAGCCCACCGUAACGCCUGCCCUAGGCUUCGGUGGCUUUAUUCUCAUUGUCGCGGGCCUCGUUCUUGCGCUAAUCGGCAUCCGCAACCUAAGGGUCCAGGUUUUUCUAUCCGUUGCAUUCCUCACCAGUCUCGGAGUGAUAGUUCUCAUUGUCUAUGUGAUGAGCCCCCCAGUCCGGGUCGCUGUCCAGGGAGCCUAUCUUGUGGCUGUCUUCUUCAGUGGAAUCACGUUCGGUGCAGUUGCCCUUGUGUUCAAGGAGCUGACCGAGGGUCUCGGAUGCCUGCUAGGCGGCUUUUGUACGAGCAUGUGGUUGCUGUCUCUGAAGCCGGGAGGCCUCCUCACGGACACGGACUCCAAAAGCGGGUUCAUCGGCGCGAUCUCGCUGGUGUUUUAUGCCCUGUCCUUCAGUCACCACACUCGUCCGUACGGGCUGAUCGUUUCAACGGGCAUUUCCGGCGGUACGGCUGUCGCAUUGGGGAUAGAUUGCUUCAGUAGGGCCGGUUUGAAAGAAUUCUGGCUCUACAUCUGGGCACUCAACAACGAUAUUUUCCCUCUGGGCACCAAGAACUACCCCAUCACACGCAAUAUCCGCGUGGAGCUUGCCGCCACGGUCAUUAUCGCGAUCAUGGGUGUAGUCUCCCAACUUAGGCUAUGGAAGGUGGUUAGAGAGCGUAGACGCAAGGAGAAAGAGAAGCGCGAAGAAGAGCAAAGGAAGAAAGAGGAAGCCGAGGCCGAGGUUGGCCGCAGGAUCGCAGAGCAGAACAUGCAAGAGCGCAAGGAAUGGGAAGCCAAAUACGGCGUCAGGGAUCCCCCGUCGGACGUUUCGGAGCUCGCAGAUGACGCCAAGUGUCAUGCAGACGAGAUGGACGCAAUGGAGAAGGGCGAUGCCUGUGACAUGAAAAGCAUAGCCAGCUCUUCUGAAGGCUCCUACCGUUGCUCCGACUGUAGGGAACGAGAAGCGAAUGGCGACGCGGAUUCCGACGCCACUGGGGGUGCUGAAGGUGGCUGCGAACGGGAUCAAGAUGGCACCAUCAAAGAGAGAACCGGCCACACCCCCGAGGAGUGCGGUGCCAUGCCGCUCAAGGUCUUCGAUGGCGCAGAUGCAACCCGCAUCAAGGACGACAAGGCCUCCGAUAUGACGGCCGUUAUUGGCUCGGAGACUGCUACAAUCCGCUCCAAGAGGUUUUCGGGAGCUUCUUUCAUGAAGCGGCUCUCGAGGAGGAGCAGCGGUUUACCGUUGUCUCAGUCGCAGGAGGCUUUGGUUUCCGUGGAUGAUGCUUCUUCGUCUGUCGAUGGUACCACGGAUGAAGGACGCGAUCUCGCUUCGGAUUGCCAUACCGUCCAGGGUGAUAACCAUGAGAGGACGAAUGAGGUUCCGAAAGAAGGUGAACUCCAGCCGGCGGCUGUAUCUCAGGGCAAGCAAGCAUCUACGGCUGAUGAGCUGAAGGGAGAAACCACUCAGAUAGGCGACGGGCAGGCCCCAGCAGAGCCUGAAACGAGCGAGGCCAAGGCGGACGUCAAGCCAGAGCCACAUAACGCCUCCCCGGAAGCAGCGUCGAUUACUGCAACCCCGGCUGCUGGCGAAGAUCCUGUCCUGGCCGGCGAACAAAAGAUGGAUAAAGGUAAAGCGACAAUUCCCGUUACACAGGACGACGAGAAAAGUCAAUCUCCAGAGGCAUCGGAGAAGCCUGCAGCAGACGAGUUGAAGGAUAGCAAGCACGAUCAACCCCAAUCAGAUGACUCCGACAGAAAGAUAUCCAACUCGGACGGACAAGAUGAUCAACCCCCCGAUGAAGCCAAUCCACCACAAGCCCUAUCUCAAGACGAAAAGGUCAAGCCUUCCAGGUCUCAGAACAAGCUUGACCCGAAGCCGCCAAAAGAAGAACCCACCAAGGAGCCCCCCAAACUGGACGAGGAGACGGUGAAACACCUUCCCCGACGGACCUCGAAAGUGGUACAGUCAUACCGCACAAACGAGUGGGCAAAACAUCUCGCCGACGCAGAGGCUCCUCAACUGGAACCCAUCCUCCCCAUCGAAGAAGAACAGCCCGAAUACCCCCGGGAGGUCGAGGAAGCCGCCGUGCCCGUCAACGUCGAGGAGCUGCUGCAAACACCGCUGAACGCACAACCACCCCCAGCGGUGGAACCCCGUGAGCGAGACCCCCCAAGCCGACGCACCAGCCACCGGAUAUCCAGCGGCGGCGAGUCCCCCGGCAGCGGCGACCGACUAAAGAAGAAAUCCUCCAACUCGCCCCCUCCCACCGCCCAACCCCGUCUCAGCACCGCCUUCACCAUCGCCCCCGACCUCCCCGGCGAGGACCCCGGGUCCGACCCCCCCAAACCCCAAUGGCGAGGCCCGCCCCCCCUCAUCGCCGUCCGCGAAGACAUGGUCCGGAACAGACUCUCCUCCUACUCCCUCACCCUGGACCCUUACUCCCGCUCCAGCCCAGGCCACCACUCCUCCUCCUCCCCAACACCAACCCAGACCCCUCACCCCCCCGACGAAGCAGACGACAUGCCGCUUUCCCAGCGCCGCGCCCUGCUCUACCAGCAAAAACUCCAUCCCCAUCCCCAGCCCCAACCCCGCCACCCGCCCACCUCCCCCAACUCCCCACCGCAACCCCCGCCGCACCCCUUCCGGGCCCUCCCCACCAACACCCCCGCCGCCAUGGCCGCCUGGCGCGAAUCAAUCCACGAAGACCUGAAGGACAAGCGGAAUCCCCUCUCACCGAAGCAACAUACCCAUCAAACGCCCGCCGCUGCCAGGGGAAGUCCGCCCCCGCCCUACAGCCCGUCUCUGCGGAAUGUCUCCGGAGGCGGAGGCGGAAAUCCCACGGGUAUCACGGAGACGCAGCGCGGGAAUAUGAGUGAGUUGCAUCGCGAGGCAAUGAGACGGAUGCAGGCGCAGGCGAAUAAGAAUGUUAAUGGGUUUUAAGAGACGGAGGAGGAAGAUGGGAUUAGAUGGGAAUAGAGUUAUAUUUGAUAGGCUUGUCUUGAGUAGGUUGGGUAGGAUACGAUGGGUAGGUAGGGUAG